AUGAAACAGGUGGAAGCUUUCUUCACAAAUCACUAUUCAAUUAAAGUCGAUGAAUAUUCUAUGAAUCCUUGCAAAAUACCCAAUGAAAAUAAUGAAUCAGAUCAAAGGCCUUUCCGACAAGGAAAUCACCGAGAGGUUUAAGAAAUGGCUAUCGGCAUCUCCAUUCAAGAUCUGGUUCUCGAAACAUAAUGGAAGCGAACCUUUUGCGCAGUACAAAUAUGAUCAGUGCCGUAAAGUGUUUCGCUUCACCAAAAACUUCAUUACUUCUAAUUUGUUGAAGCACCUCAGAACAAAUCACAGAUCGGACUAUGACAAGUUGUACUCAAAAGUACAUCCCAAGCAGAACGAACUUACAGGCAUGAAGAACGUUGUUUCUGAAGCUCGAAAAUCUUAUCAAUUAUGCGCAAGCCUUAUUGAAUUUUGCAAAAGAAAUCUAACAAUGAUCAAGGAACUGAAUUUAUUUGUCGAGAAUUUGCUACCCUUCAGUUUAGUAGAAAGUCAGUCCUUUCGCGACGUAAUUGGUGUUGCCGCUGGAAGAAAUAAGGACCAGUUCGUUUUUUCUCGCAAGGCACUGGUUAAAGAAAUCAAGAAUUAUCACAACAGAUUCGAAAAACAGUUAAGGUUCACGUUUAAGAAGACUUAGAAAACAAAUAUCCUGUUGGAUAUUUGGACUUCUGCUGCUAGCAAGAGCUAUCUCGCUAUUUCGGUUUCAUUUUGUCCGAACUGGGACCGUCUUGAUGAAAACUCUCAAAGAGAGGACGUCGUAUGCGGAGGUUUUCCUAAUACCCACAUCAUCGGUUUUCAUGACGUUAACGCCUUCCGUCACACUGGAGACUAUUUGAGUCAGGUUCUAGGUAAUACCUUGGACCAAUACUCGCUUAAACAUAAAGUCGCGAGUGUUACGAUAGACAACGCUACAAACAACUUGGCAAUGCUUGACAAAAUUGAGCCCGAGCUAGUUGGGGUUGGGGCAAAUGAGGAAUGAGGAAUCAUUAGAAUUCGUUGCUUGAACCAUGUGCUCAACAUAAUAUUCAAGCAUAUCGUUGAGAAGUUCGAGAAGCACAAUGCUGAGCUCCUCCAAAGGAUUGAUGAACUUACUUCGAAGAUCAAGUACAGCGUUUUUCUUGGUGAUUAGUUCAAACUUUACGUUGGAAAAGCAAUUCCAAAACAUAAUGAAACGCGGUUUGUAUCCCGCCAUAAGCAGUUAUUUCCCUGUUUGAAUCUCACAAACACUUUAAGGGAAUUCUACUUUAAGAAUUGCACGUAUAAAAAGUUCCAGCUCAAGAGAGAUCAUAGCAGACUUUUCUUUCAAGAACCAGCAGAGAUAUAUCCCUUGAAAUUGUUUCUCAAGCUUACUCGUGUAUUUUCAGAUUAACAAUGGAUAUGCAAGAUGACGCGCUGAACAAUCUCCCCAAUGGCAUACAGUUUUACACUUUGCUUCACAAGUAUUUUGAAGCAUGCUCACUAAUUUCAAGUGGUGAUGUUUCCCACGAGAGUUUAAAAACUGCAGGUAUUCAGCUCAAGCACCUCGAGGCAGUGGAGGAAGCUCAAAGGUCAAUUAUUUUGUCAAGUAUCGUUGAGAAAAGAUACCUUUUUGAAAAGUACUAUAAUUUCGCCCAUGAACAGAUAGGAUACUGGGUUGCUCACAUAUUGAGACCAGACAUGAAAGUUUAAUCAUUAUCAAAGAUUCUUGAUACGGAAGCAAAAGAGCUCAUAGUCAGCAAAGCAUCGAACUAUGUCAAUCACUAUUUCAACAACAUAAGUUGAAAUUACCAACAGAUGUCGCGGACAUUGACGCAAGAACUUCAAGCCCUACUAAGAAAAGGAAGCUCAAGAAAUAACUCAAAUCAUUCAACGAGUUCGCUGAAACAUUAAAAAGUUCACCACCUGAGCGCGGAAUAUUACUGGAAUGGGAGAGCUACAAUCAAGAACCCCUUGAAACUCGCUUCGGUUUUAUCCACUAUUGGAUGGCCAACAGGGAGAAAUUUCCACGAUUGUCCUCUUUGGCGUUGUCUUUCUACUAUACCAAAUUGUCCACGGCCGACGUCGAACGGUGCUUUUCCAUCAGUAGGAAGGCUAUUCAAGGACGAUUUUCGCUCUCCAGCGCAAACUUUAAGCGCACAAUGAUCUUAAAAAACCGCCCAAGGUGUUUUGGAUUCCGUGAGAAACUCAAACAAUUCACAUCGAUCGAAGAGGUCAGCGCUGGGCGCAAGACGAUGUGUCAGAUGCUUCUCUAGAUGAAGAUACCUUCAGCGAUCUCGAUUCUUGCAGUGAGUGA